GAAAAACCCGGCCGUUUAUUGACUUUAUACGCAUCUUCGCGAAACGUUACCAUCGCGUUACGUUAAGAAAUAUGCAGUAAAUUAAUUGAGAGUAAGGGUGAUUGUUUGUACAAAUAGAAAUAGGUCAACUAGGUUUCAAGUAAAUCAUUGGGUUUAACGUUACGUUAAGUGCGACGUGUGCACGUUUCGCUUUCGAUUUUUUGACGACCGUCUUUAAAGCACUUUUUAACAAGAAAACCCAGUUUGUUCCGUUUUACAAAAGUUUGUUAAUACCUAAGAAAUCAUAGGUUUAUGUCCUGAGGGAAACCGCUAACCAUGAAUGACAAAGCACUCAUCCCACUGACUGCAGAAAAUUCAUCCAUUUUGAGAAAGUGUAGAAGUGCCUAUUGCAAAGCUGUUGAGACUAAAUUUGACUGCACAGCUAUUUUACACAAUCUGGAUGACUCUGACUCCUUUGGUGGUAAUGCAAGCAAUGCAGUCUUAGCUGCUGAAUUGAGGUAUUACACAAAGCUGCCAGGUGGAGUGAAAGUUUCAGUCUGGAAAGAUGAUCUUACACGUCAUAAAGUGGACGCUGUGGUCAAUGCAGCCAAUGAGCACUUAAAUCAUGGAGGGGGUCUUGCAUUAGCACUGAGUGUAGCGGGGGGACCAAUGAUCCAGCAUUAUAGUGAUCAGAUAAUAAAAGCAAAGGGAAUAGUUCCAGCUGGUACAGCUGUGGUUGGUGAUUCUGGAAAUCUCCCAUGUAAAAGAAUCAUACAUGCUGUUGGACCCUGCCUGUCUCCAAACCCAAGCCAGCGGGAGGUUGAUAAUGCUGUGCCAGUCUUACGUGACACUAUUAGGAACAUCCUGCAUACAGUUGAAAGGGAAAAGUUUUCAUCUGUUGCAAUUCCUGCUUUGAGUUCUGGCCUUUUCCAUUUCCCCAGAAAUCUCUGUGCAGACAUCAUUGUAAAAACUAUAAAGCAGUAUGACGAAUUUAAUGCGUUUGGAGGCAGGACUGUAGAAAUUAAUCUUGUCAAUAAUGAUGAGCCCACGGUCAAAGAAAUGGAAAGAGCCUGUAUGCAGAUGCUGGGGAUGCCCACCAUCACUGGUUCAUACAGUGGAGCUGUGAAAGGAGGAAACCAGAGCAUGCCGUCCUCUUCAGGCAACAGUUUGCAGCUUGGAAACAUAACACUGCACCUCAAAAAGGGGUAUAUUGAGGAGGAACAAAAGGUUGAUGUAAUCGUGAAUACUGUUGGAGAUAACUUGGAUUUAUCUGGGGGGCUUAUUUCAGGAGCUAUUUUAGAGAAAGCUGGCAGAAAGAUUCAGGAUGAGAUUUAUGGGAAAAAAAAGAUGCAUAUUGCAAAGGGUGAUGUAUUUGAAACAAAGGGAUAUAAACUGAAUUGUGCACAAGUAUAUCACGCUGUAUGCGUACACAGGUCUCUGCAUGGAUCCACACAGGUUCUGUCCAAAGUAGUCUUUGACUGCUUGAGGGAAGCUGCAUUUGAAUACAAGUCUAUUGCCUUUCCAGCUAUUGGGACUGGUAACCUGGGCUUUGAUAAACAGAACGUUGCCAAAAUCAUGAUGGAUGCUGUGUCAGCCUUUGCGACUCAAAAUCCGCGAAAGAGUCUAGACAUCAACUUUGUUGUGUUUCCAAAGGAUGGUGAAAUGAUGCAGGCUUUCGAAAAAAGGCUCGAGCACAUGAAAGAAAGGUUCAAGUCAUCAGAUUUACCUAAUGCCAUGAUGAAAAGUUCGGCUUUUGACACCAAAGCACCCACAAGAAAUGAAACACCCAGUCUUGAGAUUAGCGGUGUAUCCAAAGAAGCUGUGAGAGAGGCUAAAGCAUGGACAAUAAAUAUGCUGAUGCCAAGACAUGGCACGAUAACAGUAACGAAUAACUUCGUAAUUUAUCUAGGUCAAAAAGACCAUGAAACAUUGCGCUCUCUCCAAACCAUGUUUGGUGUGUAUAUUGCAGUGUUCUUCAGAAAUGGUCAUGGUGGUAUAUCCAUCACUGGAGAAUCUACAUCUGUCAGUUGUGCGGCUCUUGAGGUGGAAUCCAUGCUUUGUCAGGCCCAGAAGGACUUUGCAAAAGAUGAAGAGAGUGAGCUUCUUUAUUCUGUAGUUCGCUGGCAGUGUAAAGAUGUGGUAUUGCCUUCUGAAAUCAGUGCAGUUUUGGAGAAAGCUUAUCUGGCUCGAAACAAAGAAAUUGAGUUGCACGAAUGCAAUAUCAAAGUCAACCUGAAGGACAUGUUUUCGAUUGACAACUUUGGGAACAAAAGCAGCGUGGAAAGGAGACGCCUGUUUAUGAAUUAUAACCCUAUUAAUCUACCCAACAACUCAUUUUAUGCGAGAACUCCGGUGGACAGCAAAGAUUAUUUCGAGAUGGAAAGAAAAGCGAAAGCGAGUGGGCUCAAUAUCAUCAGGGUGGAGAAAAUAGAGAACACAGCCCUGCAGCAGAUUUUUGAGCUGAACAGCAAGCGAGUGAAAGAUAAACCAAAGACUCUGUACCAGUGUGUGUCAGCUCAGUUCUGUGAUCUUAUCUGCAGAGUUGGCUUUCAGAAAGAUUUUGCCCCACCUGCAGAGCAAAAGUAUGGCAGUGGUAUAUACUUCAGCAGUAAACUGGACAGCGCGUUGAAGCUGUGGAGGAACGGACUGAAGGAAGAGUACAUCUACAUCAUUCAGGCCCAAGUUCUUACUGGAAAAUGGGCAGCUGGUUCUCCAGAUUUUAUUUUGCCCCCUGUCAUAGGUCGUGACCCUCUGGAUCGUUAUGAUAGCGUGACUGACUUGUCAGACACUCAUGUCAUUUUCAGUGGUCAACAAGCUCUUCCUGAAUAUCUGAUCAUAUGUGACAAAUCAAGCCCUGUGUAGCUUCAAACGUGCAUGUUUUUGGAUAUUGUUAGAACAAUGUGAAUAAACAAAACAUUAUGUCAUCAGUCAAUGCAAAUGUUUGACUUGGAAUUCAAAGCACAAAUGUAAAUAAUAUCAGUGAGGUAUAUAAAUGAAGAAAACAGAUCUUUGGACUCAUUUGUCUAAAUCACUUAAUACCAGAUGAGCAAUGAUAAUUAACAUCGGUUAAUUCUUAAACCUGGAUGUGUGCUGCUCUUACAUUAUUCCAUUUAAUGCUUUACAGCUGUAGAUAUUUUUAUUAUAUAGUUUUAUAUUUAUUUGAAUAUGGGUAAAGUGGUAGAAAAAUAAAAUCAAUGCUUCUAACAAGAUUAUCUUUAACAGUUAACUACAGUUAAGUGAAAAAGGGUUGUAUUUUGGUUUAGUAUAUUGUCAGCUUGGUGGAAGGUUUAUGUUUUCAAGUUAUUUACUGAUAAGGGAAACACAAAUGAAUUCUGAUGCUGUCGAUUCUGUAUGAUUUGACAUAAAUAAAUUACAUUUUAGUCUAAA